AUGACUCGCGGUUUCGUGAAUGCCGCCAAGGCGACAAACAAUGCCAUCUCUAUCAAGCAGAAAUACACAGUCCAGUCCGUCGGCGUCUGGGAGCGCAUUCGUCGCCUUCUCGCUGUCGACCCCGAACGCUCCACCGGUAUCCCCCUGAACGCUCAAUUCCGUAAUCCCACCCCGGGAUCUUUGCCCCCUCUUGCCUACGAUGACCCAGUCACCAUCCCCGCGGGCGAUAUUGCCGACAACCCCUACUGGAAGCGGGACGUUCGGAGGAGCUACCCUCAGCUGAGCACUGUGCGCCAGGCCGACGCAGUUGGUCUGCUCACAGUUGGAAGCAAGGCCGCUCCCAAGGACGACGUUCUCAAGAUCGGAGAGGCUGGAGCGCAGCAAUUGGUUGCUGUCAAGGAGCAGGGCGAAGAAGGUGGCCUCGCGGCUCUCUUUGCGCAAGAUAAGAAGAGCAUUCAGAGCGUGUUGGGUGCCAACGGCUUGCCUCCCAGCCCUUGCAAUAUCAACACUGCCGCGAAGGCUUCACAAUCUAAGUAUGAGCUUGGUACAGAGAACGGCUACCCCGACAAGUAUGCAUUUCCAAUUCUCCAUUCUAUCGCUCUAGGCUAA